AUGUUUGCUGUUGGUGUAAACUCAAGCGCCAAGGAUUUGAUUGAAACAAUAAAAAGGCCAGAUGCUAUUGCUGCGGGCUAUAUCGGACAGUUUGUCAAGCUCGUCACCGUCGACGACCCUUUCAUCACCACGGACUACAUGGUAUGCCCCUCGAUCUGCUGUUUCGGGAGGAUCAACGGGCUCGUGGCCAGGGUCCCCUCCAGAAAUGUGGGGAAAAUUGAUGAGGCAUCAGAACUGAGGAGAACUGUGAGUGAUAUCAAGCACAAUGUUCAGACACAGCUUAGCGAGAAUGCUAAGACCAAUAAACGAGUGACUGGGAUUCGCAAAGAAUUGCAGAAACUGCAUAGAGAAGCUAUUCAGAACACCAUCAAUUCAGUCACCAUGGUAGCAACCCUGAUUGCCUCCAUUGCCUUCGUUGUCAUAUUCAAUUUGCCAGGUCAAUACUUCCAAGAUGUGAAUAGUGGGGGAGACAUUGAUUGUGAGUGAGGCGGUGGUGGUGGAGACGCGCAGGACGGGACGGACGAAGCAUCUUCCAAGUCGGGGCAGAGCGCUG